CGGUCCCUGGGGACAUGGGUCCUGCUCUCCUCCUGCUGUUCACCGCAGCCAGCGUCUGGCACGGCUCAGCAUCCCCAGUGAUCAGCCAUGACCUCCCUGCUCUGGUUGUCAACACGGGUGAUCCAGUCAUCUUGCACUGCUCAGGAGAGUCAGAAGUUGAAUGGAAAAGCCAAAAGGAUACGUUCAGCAACCAUACCAGCAGCACACUCAGUAUUCCCAAGGCCACUUACAGGGAUACAGGCACCUAUAAGUGUGCUUACGUCAACAGAAGUGAUGAGGGCAUUGCAACUGUGCAUCUGUUUGUGCGAGAUCCCAAUAAUGUGUGGUACACCCCAACUUUCCGGAUCUUCGUGAGCAAAGGUGGUAAUGCUGAGCUCCCCUGUCUCAUCACGGCCCCCGAGUAUGGAUCCAGUGUGACUCUGAUAAUGGAUGACGCCUCUCGUCUCUCACCCGGGACCAACUAUUCUUUCAGUACUGAGAAAGGAAUAACACUUUACAAUGUGCAAAGCAAGCAGAAGGGCUUUUACCGAUGCCAAGCAGUGAUAAAUGGAAAAAUACAGAAGUCAUCAAGAAUAAGACUGAUUGUGGAAGAAGCACUGGAGAAGCCUGUAUCAGUGAUGAUGGACCCUAUAGACCAUGUGCGAAUCGUGGGCGAACCUUUCAAAGUCACUUGCAGAGUAAUUGCUCCUUCCCACAAGUAUGACAUCAGAUGGGUGACAGCAGCAAAGAGCGUCAGGAGAACUAAAAAGCCUAGCUUUGAAAAUGAGAACUACUUCAUCAGCGACAUCCUGUCCAUUCCAGCGGUGACCAUGGAAGAUAGUGGGAAAUACACUUGUAUAGCUAACAAUUCAGCAGGAUUCAGGAAUGCCUCGACAAUGCUUCAGGUAGUAGAGAGAGGUUAUGUAUUCCUGACCCCAAUGCAAGCCACCAGCCAGGAGGUUGCUUUGGGAGAGAGUCUGAAGCUGCAGGUCCACAUUGAGGCUUACCCAAAACUUCUCCACUGGAGCUGGCAGCACACGAACCUCUUGAAGAACUCUGGGAAUACCACAUUCAAGGGCCAAAUGAUCUCUGGAAACAACUGGUAUAACAACACACUCUUCCUGAACCGCCUGCAGGAAGGAGAGGGAGGUCCCUAUACAUUUUAUGCCCUCAACAAUGAGACCAAUGCAUCAGUUACCUUCAGUAUCUCUGUGAAAUCUCCUCCAAGGGUCUGCAAAAUCAAGGUGCCAGCCAAUGACUCCAGCAUCCUUCAAUGCAUGGCCAUCGGCUACCCUGCCCCACGCAUUGAGUGGUACCAGUGCCCCAUUCACUCUGACAGAUACAACGAGGACUAUAGGUUGCUACUGAACGACUCCAGUCCCCAGGUUGUGAACAUGUUGCCCUUCCAAGAGGUGGAGGUGGAGAGCAUUGUCCCGUUCCAGGAGCUGGGUGUCAAUUUUACCUUCUGCUGUGUGGCCACUAACAGAGAGGGGAACGCUUCUGACAUGUUUCACUCACUGACCAUCACCAGAAAUGUCAUGGCCCCCCCAAACAAGCUCUUCAGCCCCGUUCUCUCCACCUGCAUAGGUACAUCGGUCCUGCUGCUCCUCCUACUCCUCUUCCUCCUCUACAAGUACAACCAGAAACCCAAGUACCAGGUGCGGUGGAAGAUCAUUGAGGCCUGUGAAGGGAAUAACUACAUCUUUAUCGAUCCCACUCAGCUGCCAUACAAUGAAAAAUGGGAGUUUCCUAGGAAUAACCUCCAGUUUGGAAAAACUCUUGGAGCGGGAGCCUUUGGAAAAGUGGUAGAAGCCACCGCUUUUGGGCUGGGCAAAGAAGAUUCAGUCCUCAAAGUGGCUGUGAAGAUGCUAAAGUCAUCGGCAGACACAGAUGAGCAGGAAGCUCUUAUGUCUGAGCUGAAGAUCAUGAGUCACUUGGGACACCACGAGAACAUUGUUAACCUGCUGGGAGCAUGUACCUAUGGAGGCCCAAUCCUCGUCAUCACCGAGUACUGUCGCUAUGGAGAUCUGCUGAAUUUCCUGCGGAAGAAGGCUGAAUCCAUAAUUAUCCAGGACUCUGCCCUGGACACCUCUUUAGACAGCACUGCUGAUUACAAAAACGUUGACCUAGAGAAGAAAUACAUCCGCAGUGACAGUGGCUUUUCGAGCCAGGGUUUGGAAACGUAUGUUGAAAUGAGACCUGUGUCAUCACCAUCUCCAGCGUCAUCAGAUUCUGUGCAAGCCAGGGGGAAGAGCUCAGAGGAAGAAGAUGAAACCAGGGAGGACCUCCGUCCCCUCAAUCUCUCUGACCUGCUACAGUUCUCCAGCCAGGUGGCCCAGGGCAUGGCAUUCCUCGCAUCGAAGAACUGCAUCCACCGUGACUUAGCAGCCAGGAACGUGCUCGUAUCAGAUGGACGAGUAGCCAAGAUUUGUGACUUUGGCCUGGCCCGUGAUAUCAUGAAUGACUCUAACUAUGUUGUAAAAGGCAACGCCCGACUGCCCGUGAAAUGGAUGGCCCCAGAGAGCAUCUUUGACUGCAUCUACACAGUGCAGAGCGAUGUGUGGUCUUACGGCAUCCUUCUCUGGGAGAUCUUCUCCCUUGGUAAAAGUCCGUAUCCCGGCAUGGUGGUGAACAGCAAGUUCUACAGCAUGGUGAAGCAGGGAUACCAGAUGGCCAGGCCCGACUUCGCUCCCUUGGAAAUGUACAGCAUCAUGCAGGCAUGCUGGAGCCUGGAGCCCACACAGAGACCUACCUUCGACCAGAUCGGCUGCUUCAUUCAGAAAGAACUGGAGGUGCAUAAGGAACAGGACUACACCAACCUCCCCUCCACUGCUGAGGAAGACAGUGGCUGUGAUACCUCUGGCUGCUGUGAGGAGUCCUGCGAGCAAGAGGAGAGCGGCCAGCCCCUCCUCAAGAGCAACAACUAUCAGUUCUGUUAGCUGGUACCAUCGCCCCCGGGGUAGAUCCCUGUCCUCCCAGCUCUGCAGAGCGCACGGUUCUGCUCUGCCCUAGGACACAGAUUCCUUCUGCUUUGGCUCUCCUCUCCGUGCUUUCUGAAGUAUGAGUGUUACUGACUCCCUCACUGAAAGGAUAGCGCUGGAGCGACUCAAAACCAAGACUCACCAUGGGGUCCCUAAGGUCUUAUCUCAAGUGUAGCACAGAGUUGUUAGGAUGAUAACACGCUCCAUCUCUACAAGGUACAGAGCGGUCCCUGUCACCCGCCUCCCCACCCCCCGGAGGAGGCUGUGGGGUGUUUGUUUUUUUGUAGUUUGUUUUAAAAUACAAGUUGCAGCCAAGUAAGACACUUCCAAAAGUCACUCACGUGAGUGAACCCUUGUGUUUUAUGAGCACAUCUUGAACUAAGUCCCGAAGCUGGAACUGCUCCAUACACCAGAAGCAGCCCUCUUUCUUGGUGGUCCUGCUCUCUUCCCUUUGUCAGUCUGACCCUGGAUGUUGCAGAGUGAGUGUUUAGAUAUAGGUAAAGCCUCUACUUAGCAUUAAAUAUGCAUUAACCUCUACAUUUCCUCAUGCAAUCUACCUCUCUGCAGCUGGUGCUUCUGCAGGGAGCGUUUGGGAGACAACCCCAGGGUUAUGUGAACUUGUGCCCCAGUAACAGGACAGAGGGGCGGUUAUUUCUCAGGUAAAAUACAGAAGUAACCAGUGCUCUUCCACAUGAGCACCGAACACAAUCCCAAUCCAGGAAAGAACGGCAGCUUAAACACAUCUGGAAAUGAUCAGCAUAACACAUAUCCUACAAAACCUCUGAAUUGUUAAACAUGUAGCAAUCACUGCCUUUGUCACAAUUAUGCUCUUGUACAUAUUUUCCUGAGUGUAUUUUGAAUAGUACAGCUGAGGUAAUUUUUUUUCAUAAGCUAGGGCCUAAUGCCCUUAAACUUAUUUCUCAUCUAGCUCUUGUUCAGUGUAAAAAUGCCACAGCCACCUGGUCCUGUGUAGCCACCAGAAGUAGCUAAAGAACCUUCUUAGCUUCACCUGACUCGGUGGGUAAAGGAUCAGUAUUCCAGAUACAAGCACUGACAGGGCUCAGGCAAACUACAGCGAGACAGAACGACUGUAUGGCAGGUGGCCUUUGUCAUACUGCGAGCAAUUAUGUCAUGGCCACUUCUGAUUAUAUUAAACCUGGUUUUAUGCUAACACCAAGUGAUUCAUUCCUCCUUACUAAAUAAAAAGCUUAUGUAUUUCUAUCUGUCAGCAUUACAAAGAAUAAAAUAAGAUGUUUAACAAAACAAGUCUCUUCCAGGGCUUUAAGGACUGUUCUCAGAGGUGAAUGGAUCAGAGCACGGGUGAUGCACUGGAACCAUCCUCUCACACCCUGCAACUCUGCUCCAAUUCCUGACACACUUCUCAUUACCAGUUCUCAAAACCAUUCACUCUUGUGUAAUGCAAAAACUUAUUAAAAGCAA